GCUAUUACUAUUCCCACCAAAAGAUGGCGCCAUUACAUAUUUCUUGUUCGUUGCACGUUUGCUUAAAUCAUAUGCGUGUUUAACUUCAAAGAACUGUAUUGAGGUUUAUGACUGGUUGCUAAGAGUUACGCUACGCUACAACACGGAACAACAGCCCUUAACAACGAACACGGACAUUCUCGAACUUGAACUGUAGGUUUGGGUGGUGUUACUGUCAGACGUUCAUAAAUGUCACGGCUACGACCAUGGACAUGGAAAAUCUUGCAUGUUAUCUUUUACGUUGGGAUCAUCGUUUCUUCCCUUACAAGUUUCAUAUCGUUUUGCCAGCUUGAAAUGAAAUUUCAAGGUGAUUGUCCAAUCUAUGCAAAACUGAUAAUAGAAAACGUGACAUCGGCAACUUCUAGCACAUUCCACUUCAUAACUGAUCCAGCAGCAGAAAGUCACACAGAAUGGGGCUCGAACCAAUGUUGCUCAUUUUGUAACUUUACUUUUGUGGCCUCGUUUGUGUACAGCGUUAUAUGGACGUGGUUUUUCUGCGUAUGCUCUCCUGGUGGUGAAGAAGGGGCAGAUUUCGGAGUAUCCAAGCCAUGGCGACUUGUACCUCCGUCCCUCAUCUUUACUACCCUGAUGACAGUUGUUGUGAUGGUUGCAGCCGUAUUGCUGAAGCAAGGGAUGUCACACUUUUGUGAUCAAAUGGGCAAGUCGGAGGUUGGAAGUUGUUACAACGCUCAACAAGUCACGUGGAAAAACUACCCACAACUAGCUGAUUUCUACAACUUUUACAUUGUAUCAGAGAUAUCAGCGAUACUAGCUGCCACCUGUUGGAGCUUCGCUACUUUAAUUUUGUUUAUCAGGUGCUGUAGUGGAAGCGAUUUCGUGGCUCCAGAAAAGAAGUGUCUUACAAGUACUGACGCCCGGACUGAGGCCGUGUGAGGAUUUUGGGCACCAGAUUACACCUUUUGUUUUUGUGAAUUUAUGCCUGUGAUUGGUGAAUAUAUUCAGAAAUAAUAGUUGUUGUUUUUGACAUUUGUUAUUUAAUAAUAGAAAAGCCAAUUGUUAAUUACAAUAAUGAAUUAGUUUUUUGUUGAUCUUCUAAAAGUUAUCCACAUAAUAUGACGUUUUCAUUUUAAUUCAGCAGGAUAAGGCCUUAAUUGUUUUGUCAUUCGUAAAAUGGUAAUCAACAAAUCACAAAACGUUUGACAUCAGGGUCAUACAUUUAGAUUAAAUACCAUGGCUACUGAUAUUCCUGUGUUAAUGAGAAAUUAACAUCCUAUGAAUGAAAUUCAACUUAGUUUUCUUUUUUGGAGGAGUGGGGAGAAUUGA